CAGCCCUUUUUUCCCCCCCCCCUUCCCCCAACCCCGUCCCGGCCGCAGGGAUGAGGUUCCCGCUAGCCCUCUGCCUGGGCCUGGUGGCCAUGGUGGCCGCCGGCCCCUCGCCGCUGCAGCGGCGGGUGGUGCGGGAGGUGCUGGAGGCCUUCCAUGGCCGCAGCAGCGUCCAGGCCCUCUUCAGGGAGCGGGCGGUGGAGGGGGUUGUGGAGAGGGAAGAUCCCUCGGGGACAUUUGUCCAGCUGCGGCUCAGCCUGGUGCAGACGGCCUGCGGCAAGCGGGCACCGCGGCCCCAGAACUGCCGCACCCUGGAGAACCGGAGGAAGCCUGUCUGCGUGGCUUGCUACAAGUUUGACCACGGCGAUGUCCCCAAGGUGCUGGACAAGUACCACAACUGCGGCCCCAGCCACCACAUGGCGGUGAAGGAGAUCAAGCAGCGCGACGAGGCGGAGUGCCGGGCGGUGGAAGAGGCCGGCAAGGCGACGGACGCGCUCUACCUCCCCGGCAUGUACGCCUUCUCCGUGGGGCUGCCAGCUUAGGUGGCCGGACGUCCCCACGUCCCCACACGGCCCACCGCCAGCCCCGAGGAGACGGAACGUUGCCACAGGGGACUGGCCCGUCCUCCCCCCGCCCUGCGCCUGCCGCCCCCCCAGCACCGCGUCACCGACGGAGGGUCCUGGAUGCGUGUGUGUGUCCCCCCCCGCCGCCGCCCCCCAGCUCACCAGUAAACCCCAGCUCUGGCUCCUGC